UCCCGAUAAUACUCUUGAGACUACCAAUAUUCCAAACACCCGGGGUACAAGUUUCUCUAGGGCUUACUAGUUCUUGUGAGUAAUUUCAUUCACAGUCCCCUCCCUUUAAGGAGUCUUCCCUUCCCUGCUCCAGUCAUGUUUGCAUCCUCAACUUCAGUUCCUGACACAGAACAAGUUUUCGUAAAGCUUAGGUUUUUUCCCCUGAGGGUCUGUGUCUCUCCCACCUCCACCCGGCCCUUUCUAUCUUCCUCCUCCCAUCUUUGGAACCAGAUCCUCCCUUUGACGGUGAGGAUUAUUAUGUGCUACACUCCUCUUAUAUCCUACAGAACUGCAAAAUGGAAAAGUUGUCCUUGGGGGUAAAAUUCCAAUGGGAUCAGAGAGAACGCCGGUCCCAGAGCGGAGUCCCCUGGUCCCAGAGCGGCGAUCUAUCCAAAGGGCGAAGUUUCAGGUCCACCUAGCCCUUCUUUAGACUCCAUUGAGGGACGCUGGCUGAUCUUCAGCCUCCCACCCCUCAGUCUACACUGGAGCCUUGAAGGAAAACACCCCAGACUUUGGACGUCUCUCUCCUCGGUGGGCAUCCCCUGUCUGCUUCCCCCACCCCACCCCAUCCCGGGCAGAAGGGCGAGCGGGGGCAGACUCUAUGAGUCACGUCCCGGGCCUGGAGUUGAGGAGGGAAGCGCCGCCUCUCCUUGGGCCCCUUCUCUCCUCCUCUCCCCUCCCCGCCGGCUCCUGGCCUAGCCAGAUACUGCGCAGCAACCACCGAUUCUCCAUCACCAGUUUGACUGGGCCCCCGCGCCUUCUCGGGGCUCCCCGCAAGACAGCAGCCGAGAUGAACAUUCUGGCGCCGGUGCGGAGGGAUCGCAUUCUGGCGGAGCUGCCCCAGUGCCUGAGGAAGGAGGCCGCUUUGCACGUGCACAAAGACUUCCACCCCCGCGUCACCUGCGCCUGCCAGGAGCACCGGACAGGCACCGUGGGAUUUAAGAUCUCCAAAGUCAUUGUGGUGGGGGACCUGUCAGUGGGGAAGACUUGUCUCAUUAAUAGGUUCUGCAAAGAUACUUUUGAUAAGAAUUACAAGGCCACCAUCGGAGUGGACUUUGAGAUGGAACGAUUUGAGGUGUUGGGCGUCCCAUUCAGUCUGCAGCUCUGGGAUACUGCUGGACAGGAGAGGUUCAAGUGCAUUGCAUCAACCUAUUACCGAGGAGCUCAAGCCAUCAUCAUUGUCUUCAACCUGAAUGAUGUGGCCUCCCUGGAGCAUACCAGACAGUGGCUGGCCGAUGCACUCAAGGAGAACGACCCUGCCAAUGUGCUUCUCUUCCUUGUGGGUUCCAAGAAGGACUUGAGUACUCCUGCUCAGUAUGUGCUGAUGGAGAAAGAUGCACUCAAGCUGGCCCAAGAGCUGAAGGCUGAGUACUGGGCGGUCUCAUCUCUCACUGGUGAAAAUGUCCGGGAAUUCUUCUUCCGUGUGGCGGCGCUGACCUUCGAGGCCAAUGUGCUGGCUGAGCUAGAGAAGUCAGGGGCACGGCGCAUUGGGGAUGUUGUCCGCAUCCAUAGUGAUGACAGCAACCUCUACCUAACUGCCAGCAAGAAGAAGCCCACAUGUUGCCCGUGAGUGGUAAGGGGACUGUCUAGAGCCUGCUCAGCCCUGGGCACUGUGCCACCUUGACUCCCCUAGAGCUCGACCCUGGACAUUUGCACUGAUUGUUUUACCAGACCAAAGAGCUGCCCCUUGGUGGCAGUACCCCUGGAGGGGUAGCAGGGACCAUGCUAGUCGCUCCCUGCCCCAGGCACCACACCAAAGACUAGAUGUCCGGGAGCUCUCCUGGGUGCCCAGCAGUGGGGAGAUAAUCCCUGCUGCUUUUGCUUAGCCUGCGGGGCCCUUUUGAGUAUGAGGAUGCUUAAUGAUCCCAGCCUCACACUGUGCCUUAUGCAUUAAAAUCUCUGUUAUUAGCA